AUGAGGGAUCUCAGCAGGAAUGAGCUUACCGGGCCCAUACCACCAACACUUUCUGAUAAUAUGAGCACUAUUGAUCUGUCAGAUAACCGUCUUAAUGGAUCUAUACCCAGAAGUUUUUCAAAUCUUCCUUUUUUUCAGAAAUUGUCACUUGGAAAUAAUUUGUUGAUCGGUUUUGUGUCUACUAACAUGUGGCAGAACAUGUCCUCCACUAAAAGUGCUGGCCUUACACUUGAUUUCAGGAACAAUUCACCUUCAAGCAUUUUAAGAGAACUGAAUAUGCCGGAUAAUGUCACCCUGAGUUGUCAAUUGAUUCCUUUAUUUUGGGAAGAAGGUCCUCGUCUAAGGAUGUAUUUGAAGCUCUUUCCUCCACUUAUUGUUGCACAGUCAACAGUAUUUAAUGUGACUCAGAUCAACACAAGUUCAAGGCCUCAAGGGGGUUAUGGAAAGGUUUACAUAGGCAUUUUACUUGACAAAACAAUGGUGGCUAUAAAGCGUGCUAAAGAGGGAUCCUUACAAGGUGAAAAGGAAUUUUUGAUGGAGAUCAAUUUGUUGUCGAGGUUACAUCAUCGAAAUCUAGUUUCCUUGGUUGGAUAUUGUGUUGAAGAAGGAGAGCAGGUUCAGAGUUCAGCAGAAGCGAAGGAAAAUCUCAACUUUGGAACAAGGUUAAGCAUUGCCUUGGGUGCAGCAAAGGGCAUUCUUUACCUCCAUACUGAAGCGGACCCUCCAGUAUUUCACCGAGAUAUCAAAGCCAACAAUAUUCUUUUAGACUCUAAGCUUACUGCUAAAGUUGCUGACUUUGGACUCUCCCUUCUUGCCCCUGUCAUGGAUGAUAAAGGAUAUCCACCUAAUCAUGUAUAUUCAGUAGUGAAGGGAACUCCAGGAUACCUUGAUCCAGAAUAUUUUUUGACACACAAGAGUGAUGUCUAUAGCCUUAGAGUUGUAUUACUAGAGCUAUCGAUAGGAAUAUAG